UUGAACGAUGGAGAAGCAACCGACUCGCCAAUCUGCUUUGCAAGCGAAAGCAAUAGCCGCAGCAAAAUUGGUUUUACAAGAUUUGGAUCCUGCAGCUAAAAAGCGAAGACAACUUUUCAGCAGCGGUCGUCCACAAGGUAUAUUGGCAAUUCAUUUCAAAACUCUCAGGAAUUUCAGCAAAACCUUUUUCUUCACUUCUACAUUUGCUGGUUGCUCGGAAAUUCGGUUAUUCCUCAAGAUAUCAAUUCAAAAUUCAGUGAAAUGUUCAAAAGUCCUCACAGUGCGGAAAGAUGCUGCCAAUCAACAGAAAUCAAAAUUAGUAUUGGGAAAACAGAAUAAAUUAUGGCCACGAAAGGCAACACCUACUUCUAGUGACAUGCGACAACGUGGCAGUUCGGUUAUGAAUCAUAGAGAAAGUUUGGCCACCGGACAUGCUGAAAUAACAUUGGACGAAUUAAAGACAUUUUCUUUGGAACUUUCAAAUAAACAUGAAGACGCAGAUAAUAAAAUUAUACUAGAAAUUAUGGAAGCAGAUUGCGCAAAAACAAGAUCGGCAUUGAAUAUCGGGUGUGCAUCCUUACAUCUGUUUGAUUUAAUAAAAGAAAUGUACGGUACAAAAUCUACGCCCCUCAUGAUAAAAGAUAAAAGAAUAGCAGAUCUCGAUUAUGAAUAUGUUUUCCGAUACGGUGCGUUUGGGUACGGAUAUUCACACGAACUGCAACAGUCAGAGAUAUCGAUUUCACAGAUCAUGAAUGAAUCAAUGUUUUUUCGAUUGACUCCGCCAGCAGACCGAAUGGAUGACGAUGGCCUAUUAGCCCCGACACAAGUUCCUCCUCCAAAUUCAAUCAAGCGGGAAAGAAAGGAAGAGGACGAGGAAGCGACCAUGCGAAAUAAAGCCGUGCUAUCAUCAAUUGAUAUGUUCAAAUCGGUCGACACGUCUAAUGUUGACAAUCUCCUGGAACAUCGACAUAGACUACAAAGAUUAAAAAGCGAAUAUCUGGCAUUGAAAACAAGAAGUGACAGAAAUAAAUAUUUGGAAAACUUACUAUCAAAAACAGGGCAAGCUACGGGAGAAAGCCAAAAUGAUGGGACAGCUGGAAACGCGGAAGAAUCUCGUUUAGGUGGAACGGCUACGGACAAUCAACGGCAAGCCGAUGUCAAGAACGUUAUAGAAAACCUAUCACCAUUGCUCCUUAUGGCACCCGGGCUACAGUCUCGAGUUGGAGGGGAAACGAGACCCUCCCUAAGACCACGUGACAGCGCCAGACCUUCUGAUUCCGAUGGAAUAGAUCCAAUGGAGAAACUUCGGAAAUUAUAUGAAGACAAUAUGGGAAGUACUUCCAGCGAAGCAGAUCGUCCGUCCAGCAGCGAAAAACAGUCGAGACCGACGACUCCACAAUCUUCCGAAAAACGUGGCUUUAUGGGGAUUUUGAAAAAAAAAGUUUUAGCGCCCAUGAGAUUUAAUAAAUUGAUGACAGGCGUGGCAGAAGCUCAUAAACAGACUCAAGAACUUUCGAACGCUGAAGAAGGGAGGUCAUCUCGACCCGGUACCCCCGAUAACGAGUUGGACAAUAGAAAUGCACCGCGUAUAUCGGAUGUGAUGGCCAGGCUGACAUCGGAAUCUGCAUCAAGAAAUUCUGACAGACCAAGACGAUCAUUUAUGGCCGCAUGGACGAGACGUACGACCCCUUCUCCCACCACAGUUGACAACGAAUCGGAGAACACUUUAAGCUCAACAGCGCGGCAAAAUAUGGAUGACGUAGAAUAAUAUAUCCACUUGUUAUUCACAUGUGUAUAUUUUGCUUGACUUUUCAAAAUAAAAAUAA